ACCGACCCAUGCUCUCAGGAAGAAGUUAUGUAAUCACUCGUUGUCAGCCAAAAGAGGACGGGUAGAGCUGUAGUCAAACAGCAGGAUCAGCAGAGGACACAGCACACAGGGCCACAGAGAAGAUCAAAUGGAGGAGUCUACGUUCUACCGAUGGCUUCACCUGUUGGGUCUCCUGGCUCUAUCAUAUCUGGUCCUGAAACAGGUGUGGACCCUGCUGAUCGGGAUCAAAAACCAUAUACUCUCCCGGUGCUGGAGGACUAACCUCAAGAAGAAGUAUGGAGGAUGGGCAGUGGUAACUGGAGCGACAGAUGGAAUCGGGAAGGCCUACGCGAUGGAGUUGGCCAGGAGAGGCUUUGAUGUCGUCCUCAUCAGUCGGAAUGUGGAGAAGCUACAAAAAGUUGCUCAGGAGAUAGAAAAACAGAGCGGACGAAAAACCAAGAUCAUCCAAGUUGACUUCACAGGAGGGUCUGAGAUUUAUCCAAAGGUGGAGAAGGCUUUGAAGGGUCUGGAUAUUGGGAUUUUAGUGAAUAAUGUUGGGAUGACUUACCACCCUGAAGCAAACAGAUUUCUUGAGGUCCCUGACAUUAACAAGGGAAUAAACAACCUCGUGAAUUGCAAUGUAUUUUCCAUGGUGCAUAUGACCCGGAUUGUGUUACCUAGACUGGUGGUGAGGAAAAAAGGUCUGAUCAUAAAUAUCUCCUCCAUUGCUGGACACCGUCCUUAUCCAACGACCACUAUGUAUGGGGCUACUAAGGCUUUCAUGGACUUUUUCUCCCGCUCCCUCUACUACGAGUACAGAUCUGAUGGGAUUACAGUUCAGUCUGUUCUGCCGCACUUGGUGUCUACUAACAUGACAUUCAACAUGGACACCAACAUUCUGGUGAAGACCAGUGACGACUAUGUCCAGGAAGCUCUGAACACCGUGGGGUACUCUCAUCGUACCAAUGGCUGCCUCUCCCACUGCCUCCAGAGUUACAUCCUUGACCACCUACUGACCGAGACCGUCAUGAAUUCCCGGAUCUGUGUGACCAUGGCCAGCCGCACCUUGAGCCUGCUGUUCAAGAUGAUGAAAGUGAACUAGAGCCGUCAAUAAAAAAAUAUGGGAAACUA